CACAGCCUCCCAAAGUGCUGGGAUUACAGGUGUGAGAUUUGUAGUUCAUUGAGAAAGAGAGAAAACGCUUAGUGUGCCGGGUAACUGCUCGCUCUCAUUGUUCCCUUCCUCUGUCCUCAGCAUCAGCCCAACCCUGACCAGGCCCCUUCCUGGGAUUCCCGCACAACAGGAGCUCCGUGAUGGGAAGGGGAGAGGGAAACCCACCUCGGGGUGCUCUUACAGGAGAGCAGAGCCCAGUGGAGUCUCUGCCCGGGACACUGAGGGAGGAAGAGCCACAGUUAAUCCAAAAGGAAGGGUGGGGUGCGGCGAUUGGCUGGAUGAUGCUCAGAGAGGCAGGAAAAGGGCACGGCACGGAGUGACUGAGGCCAUCUGUGGUGGCCUUGGUGCCUAGAGAGACAGAAGGAGAGGGCGUGGUGCAGGGCACUGAGGCUGUCCGUGGCUGCCUUGGUGGGGCUGAGUUCUAGUGGACAGCAAGGGGUCAGGGCAGGGCUGGCUCAUGGAGUCAUCUGAAGUGAGGGGAAACCCAUGGGUAGCUAAAGGGAAUGCACUAGCCAACCCCAGGUGUGCUGCACUGCUGUUCUAGGGGCUGGUCUGGCGGCAUGGCUCUCUCCUGAGUGCCUGCAGGGCCUGAGUGCUGGCAGGCAGGCAUCUCCUGCCCAGUGGGUUUGGUAAGAUAGUUCAGAAGGCAUCCACCACUCUAAAACAUGCUUAUUGUGGGAACCAUGGGGGAGACCGAAGAGCCUAGAGCCUUGAGAACCUCUGACGGUUAAUGUUAACAGGAAGGCAGCUUGUUCCUCUAGCUGGGGAGGGGGUGUGCAUGACAGGAAGCCCGUGCGUCUGUGCCUCUUUGGAGCUGUGGGUUGGGUAUGUGGAUGCCAGCCAUGUGGUCCCCACCCUCACUGAGCCUGAGUUUCCGUACUAGCGGCGGGAGAUGGGACUGGAGGGUCUCCAAGGCUCCCCAAAGCUCUGCAAUUCUGCUUCUCCGAGUCUUGACUGCAGGGCUUGGUCGUUAGCGGGGGUCACAGCUCUUAUGGCUGCAGCUAGCGUGACCCCCCCUGGCUCCUUGGAGUUGCUACAGCCUGGCUUCUCCAAGACCCUCCUGGGAACCAAGCUGGAAGCCAAGUACCUGUGCUCCGCCUGCGGAAACGUCCUGCGCAGGCCCUUCCAGGCGCAGUGUGGCCACCGGUACUGCUCCUUCUGCCUGGCCAGCAUCCUCAGCUCUGGGCCUCAGAACUGUGCUGCCUGUGUUCACGAGGGCAUAUAUGAAGAAGGCAUUUCUAUUUUAGAAAGCAGUUCGGCUUUCCCAGAUAAUGCUGCCCGCAGGGAGGUGGAGAGCCUGCCGGCCGUCUGUCCCAUUGAUGGGUGCACCUGGAAGGGGACCCUGAAAGAAUAUGAGAGCUGCCACGAAGGCCGCUGCCCGCUCAUGCUGACUGAAUGUCCUGCAUGCAAAGGCCUGGUCCGCCUGGGUGAAAAGGAACGCCACCUGGAGCACGAGUGCCCAGAGAGAAGCCUGAGCUGCCGGCAUUGCCGGGCGCCCUGCUGCGGGGCAGACGGGAAGGCGCACCACGAGGUCUGCCCCAAGUUCCCCUUGACUUGUGAUGGCUGCGGCAAGAAAAAGAUCCCCAGGGAGAAGUUUCAGGACCACGUCAAGACUUGCGGCAAGUGUCGAGUCCCUUGCAGAUUCCACGCCAUCGGCUGCCUCGAGACGGUGGAGGGUGAGAAACAGCAAGAGCACGAGGCACAGUGGCUGCGGGAGCACCUGGCCAUGCUCCUGAGCUCAGUGCUGGAGGCAAAGCCUCUCUUGGGAGACCAGAGCCAUGCGGGGUCAGAGCUCCUGCAGAGGUGCGAGAACCUGGAGAAGAAGACGGCCACUUUUGAGAACAUUGUCUGCGUCCUAAACCGGGAGGUGGAGAGGGUGGCCAUGACUGCCGAGGCCUGCAGCCGGCAGCACCGGCUGGACCAAGACAAGAUUGAAGCCCUGAGUAAUAAGGUGCAGCAGCUGGAGAGGAGCAUUGGCCUCAAGGACCUGGCGAUGGCUGACCUGGAGCAGAAGGUCUUGGAGAUGGAGGCAUCCACCUACGAUGGGGUCUUCAUCUGGAAGAUCUCAGACUUCGCCAGGAAGCGCCAGGAAGCUGUGGCCGGCCGCACACCCGCCAUCUUCUCCCCAGCCUUCUACACCAGCAGGUACGGCUACAAGAUGUGUCUGCGUAUCUACCUGAACGGCGACGGCACCGGGCGAGGAACACACCUGUCCCUCUUCUUUGUGGUGAUGAAGGGCCCGAAUGACGCCCUGCUGCGGUGGCCCUUCAACCAGAAGGUGACCUUAAUGCUGCUCGACCAGAAUAACCGGGAGCACGUGAUUGAUGCCUUCAGGCCCGACGUGACCUCGUCCUCUUUUCAGAGGCCAGUCAAUGACAUGAACAUCGCAAGCGGCUGCCCGCUCUUCUGCCCUGUCUCCAAGAUGGAGGCCAAGAAUUCCUACGUGCGGGACGAUGCCAUCUUCAUCAAGGCCAUUGUGGACCUGACAGGGCUCUAACUGCCCCCCACUGGUGUCUGGGGGUUGGGGGCAGCCAGGCACAGCCGGCUCACUGAGGGGCCACCACACUGGGCCAGGGCCUCACUGUACAAGUGGGCAGGGGCCGCGCUUGGGCGCUUGGGAGGGUGUCGGCCUGCAGCCAAGUUCACUGUAAUGGGGGCAGGAGCCACCAGCCAGUCCUCAGAUUUCAGAGACUGUGUGGAGGGGCCUGGGAGACGGGCUUCGCCCAGGGCUGUGGUGGGAUUGGCUGAGGGUUUUCAGGUGCUUCCCAGCACAAGCUGCCCUUGCUGUCCUGUGCAGUGAAGGGAGAGGCCCUGGGUGGGGACACGCGGUAUGGGAGCACAUCCCAGCAGUGCCCAUGUAGCAGGAGCGCAGUGGAUGACCUUGUGUCCCUCGGGCAUGACAAAGGAGGAAGGCUGCUCCAGGAUAAGGGCCUCCUGCUGGCCAGAGUGAGGAGGGCCGAGCAGCUUGGUUCUCCCCUCUGGCCCCUGGAGAGAAGGGAGUGUUCUUAGACCCCUGGGUGCUUGUCUGCACAGAGCUCUGGUCUGUGCCACCUUGGCCAGGCUGGCUGUGGGAGAGGGUCUGGUUCCAUGCUGCCUCUACUCAGACCAUUGUGUGGGGGUACACAGCACAGCCUGCGGGUGAAAUGUGAGAGCUCGCCAUCCAGCUCACGAGACAGUUAUUAAACCACUCACAUCUCUGUGGUCA